GGAACUAUUGUUUCCUUUUUUUUUUUUUUUUUUGUUUAUGCAUGGUUGUUCUCUGUUUGGAUGCUGCAUAAAUAAAAGAAACCAAAUCAUUGAAUACUCUCAAGUUUUCAUGAUUGGCGACCUGAGUGAAGGAAGAGCAUGGCUUAAAUUAAACAUAGAACUUCAUUUUUUUUUUUUCUAAAAUCAUUUUGAAUAUUCUCUCAGAAACCAAACAGGGAUUAUGGAAUAAGAACCUAAUAAAGAACCCAAACAGCGGUUUUAAAUGCAGGUGGUUUGAUGGUUCCUGGGUUCUUAAUGUUUACUAGUACUUAAAUAGAAAAACUUGAGUAAUUAUAAAAUAUGGACUUGUACUUGAACUUCUGGGCAUCAACUCUGUGUCCUCCGUAAGGGAAAAUGACGCUUCCAUGGGAUCAAGGCUUCAAAGGGUGGAUGAGAAGAUGAUUAGAGGAAACAUUUCCCAUACUUGGUUUUUUUGGAGAAUAAUUCGCCCUUGAUGAUAAAUAAUGCCUGAUAUUGUUGUAGCUUUUUUACAGCAAUCCUUGAAAAUCAAGUUUAAAACUCAGAAUCUGAAUUUUAAAAGAUGAUUUUAUUACAUGAUAAGUCUGUUAGCUUGCUUCAGUCAGUGAGGACAUUGAGGUUAUUGGUGGGCAACAGAUAUAUGUUCAUCCAUCCUUCCUUGAUUUAGCGAAUCAAAGUUAUUGAACCUACAUUCAGUUUCUUUGGCAUUUAUAUGAAUUUUUGUGGAGUUCUCUUAUCUUCAUGGAGUGUUGCAGACUGCAGAGAGUCAUGGAUUUGACUCCCUGUACUUUACAAUUAUUGAUUACAAGGCCAUUGCUCAAUGGGGGGAGCUUGUUCUAGGAAGAGAGAUCCACAGGUCAAUGAGGACAGUCUACAAAGGGGUGUUUCUGGAAAGUAUUGCAGAAUUGGGAGUUCUAAGUGGUUGGGAACCUCAAUUUCUCGACCCGCCUUAGAUAUUUUACAGGGAAGAGGGCAAUGCCCUUCCCUCAUGGAAUUGUGCAUUUAUAAAAUACGUGAGGACAUAGAUAAAUAUACUACUUUUUCUAUGCUCCCAAGGGAUAUUAGCCAGCAGAUCUUUAAUGAAUUGGUGUUUUCCCAGUGUCUAACUGAUGUUUCCCUUAAAGCUUUUCAAGAUUGUGCUCUCCAGGAUAUUUAUUUGGGAGAAUACCCUGGAGUGAAUGACAGUUGGAUGGAUGUCAUCUCUUCACAGGGGGUAUCUUUACUUUCUGUGGAUCUCUCUGGUUCAGAAAUUACGAACUCCGGGCUGAUUCAUCUUAAAGAUUGCACAAACCUCCAAGCCUUAAAUUUUAAUUAUUGUGAUCAGAUUUCAGACCAUGGGCUAAAACACAUCAGUGGUCUCUCAAACCUGACAACUUUGAGUUUCAGAAGAAACAAUGCCAUUACUGCUCAAGGAAUGAGUGCUUUUUCCAGCUUAGUUAACUUGGUAAAGUUGGAUCUAGAGAGAUGCCCAGGAAUCCAUGGUGGACUUAUUCAUCUUAAAGGGUUAACAAAGCUUGAGUCUCUUAACAUCAAUAUGUGUCAUUGCAUAACAGAUGCUGAUCUGAAGCCUCUCUCAGGGCUUACAAACUUGAAAGGAUUAGAAAUUUCCCGCAGUAAGGUCACAGAUGAUGGUGUUGCUUAUUUGAAAGGUCUGCACAAGCUUGCUUUGUUAAACAUGGAGGGUUGCCCUGUUACUGCUGCAUGCUUAGAGUCUCUUUCAGAUCUUCCUUCCCUGUUGUCUUUAAAUCUUAGCAGAUCUAUGCUAUCUGAUGAUGGAUGUGAGAACUUUGCACGACAAGAGAAUUUGAGAGUGUUAAACUUGGGGUACAAUGACUUGACGGAUGCAUGUUUGGUACAUUUGAAAGGUUUAACAAAUUUGGAGAGCCUGAACCUGGAUUCAUGUAGAAUUUGUGAUGAAGGGCUUGCAAACUUGACAGGCCUUCGACAUCUGAAAUGUUUGGAGUUGUCUGAUACUGAAGUUGGAAGCAAUGGGCUUCGUCAUCUUUCUGGUUUGGCAAAUCUGGAGAGUAUAAAUCUGUCUUUCACUGCAGUUUCAGACAGUGGUUUAAGAAAAUUAUCUGCUCUAUCAUCUCUUAAAUCACUUAAUCUGGAUGCUCGCCAGAUUACAGAUGCUGGCCUUGCAGCUCUUACAAGUUUGACUGGACUGACUCAUUUGGAUCUUUUUGGAGCUCGAAUUACAGAUUCAGGCACAAGCUAUUUAAGAAACUUUAAGAAUCUGCAGUCAUUGGAGAUAUGUGGGGGAGGAUUAACUGAUGCUGGUGUGAAGAACAUUAAAGAUCUUACUUGCCUCACAGUGCUAAACUUAUCACAGAAUUGCAACCUGACUGACAAAAGCUUGGAAUUGAUUUCUGGGUUGACUGCGCUGGUCUCUUUGAGUGUUUCCAACUCUCGUAUAACCAAUGCAGGGUUGCAGCAUCUGAAGCAACUGAAGAAUUUGAAGUCACUGACACUGGAUUCGUGCAAGGUGACUGUGAACGACAUUAAGAAGCUCCAAUCAAAAGACCUCCCUAAUCUGGUAAGCUUCCGGCCCGAGUAGUUCUCGUGAUUUAUUAGAUAUUCUGUGAGUAGCUCCUGGUCAGCAGGGAGCAGCAGUGUAAAUAAGAAGAAUAAAACAGAAACAUUGAAUAAACUGUACAUAUGGGUGGAUCUGAAUGCGGGUUUUAGCAUGCUGAGAAUCCAAGGUUCUGAUGGGAUGUUAUGAAUAUUUUAUACAAAGCAUUCCUCGAACUUGUGUAGAUGUGGAAGAAAAUGUAGACAAGCUUCUGCUGCAUGUUUGAUUGUUGCUCCUUUGUGCAAAGCUUUGUAUUGAAUGUGUACAGAUACACUGAAAGAAAAUGGAAAAUGUAGAUAAGCUUCCUUGGCA